UACUUUCAUAUUCAUGGGUUGCGUGAAUUAAAAGAUUAAAAAAGGUUUUGGAUUCUUGCCGUUUCUAUUUCUUGUUGUGAAAAAUAGUUUUUUUUGAGUUCACAAUUGUUCGUCACCAUGACCGCAAAGUUCUACAAACUAGAUAUAAAUCGCACUGAAUGGGAAAUUCCGGAUAAUUAUCAACAACUGCAAUCUGUAGGAAGUGGGGCCUACGGGCAAGUAUGCAAAGCCAUUGUACGAGGAUCCAACAUGAAAGUGGCCAUAAAGAAAUUAGCCCGUCCCUUUCAAUCAGCUGUGCAUGCUAAAAGGACGUACCGCGAAUUAAGGCUUUUAAAGCAUAUGGACCAUGAAAAUGUCAUUGGCUUGUUGGACGUAUUUCAUCCCGGUCAACCAGCGAAUUCUUUGGAAAAUUUCCAACAAGUUUAUUUGGUAACACAUUUAAUGGAUGCUGAUCUUAAUAAUAUUAUUAGGACCCAAAAACUCUCAGAUGAGCACGUCCAGUUUUUGGUUUAUCAGAUAUUGAGAGGCCUUAAAUAUAUUCAUAGUGCUGGAAUUAUUCAUCGCGACUUGAAGCCGUCUAACAUUGCUGUUAAUGAAGAUUGUGAGCUUAGAAUUCUCGAUUUUGGAUUAGCAAGACCAGCAGAAAGCGAAAUGACUGGUUAUGUAGCUACACGCUGGUACCGAGCGCCGGAAAUAAUGCUUAAUUGGAUGCAUUACAACCAGACAGUUGAUAUUUGGUCAGUAGGUUGUAUUAUGGCUGAGUUACUCACUGGACGUACAUUGUUUCCUGGAACCGAUCAUAUACAUCAAUUAAAUUUGAUUAUGGAAGUUUUGGGUACACCACCCGAGGAUUUUAUGGACAAAAUUUCCUCAGAUAGCGCUAGAAAUUAUAUACGCUCACUGCCUGUGAUGCAAAGAAGGAAUUUCCGUGAUUUCUUCCGUGGAGCAAAUCCUUUGGCCAUUGACCUCUUAGAAAAAAUGUUGGAACUAGACGCAGAGAAACGCAUUACAGCAGAACAAGCGUUAUCUCACCCUUAUAUGGAGAAAUAUCACGACCCCACAGAUGAGCAAACAUCACCCUUAUACGAUCAGAGCUUUGAAGAUAUGGAUCUGCCAGUGGAGAAAUGGAAAGAAUUAGUUUUUAAAGAAGUUUUAAACUUUAAGCCACUACCAGCUUUUGCUGAUAUCUUAAAGCAAGCUCAAGCACCAAAGGAACCACAAUAAGCCGGGAGCCUUAAGGGAACAGUUCAUAAGGAAUUUCUUUUUUGCCUUCUAGAAGUAACUUCAAUGUUUUCAAUAUGUACUUAACCUCAUGAUGUUGCUACAGUAUAGUAUAUUUUUGUAUCUUAUUAAUUUAAUUAAUAACCAAUGUAAAUGUUGUGAGCCUUUUUAAACGAAAUGGCACUUAAUUUUUAAUAAAGGAUCUUUAUAGCGAGCA